AUGUAUUGUAAUUCAACGAUAAUUGAUACGAUCGAUCUGACACAAUGGGUUGAUCAAGAGCCUAGGCUCAAAUUACCCAUAACAAAGGCUACGUUAGAAAAAGCAGUACGAUUGGGUGCUGAACAUGCAAAACGUUUAAAUGAAGCAGAAGCAGAUCGGAUCAAAAAACAAGGAACAAAUGGUAAUCAAAAUAGAAAUCGAAAUUUGGCCGUUUAUGCACAUUCAAAUUUGUUAGCACCAAAAAAAGAGUCAUUGGAAAUUUCGCAUCGUGCUGAAGUUCUUCGAGAAACAACCAAAGUUUUAUUGAGAGGUGAUGGUCUAAGUGAACAAGAACGUUUACCGUUAGAAUUAGAUUUGGCUACGUUGCAACGUUUACUUCCUGAAAUUGACGUUACACAAUUUGUUGGAAAUAUUACGAAUUUUUUGGGUGAAGAAAAUCCAUCAAUGGAAGAAUGCUUACCACGACCAUUACCUUGUGAUCAUACUACUAAAUAUCGUACAUUUUCCGGUUGGUGUAAUAAUUUAAAAUUUCCACACUACGGAAAUGCAUUUGCACCAAUGCGUCGUUUAUUGGAUCCCGUUUAUGAGGAUGGUUUUGAUAGUCCACGUAUAUUUGGUCGUAAUAAUGGACGUAAAUUACCAUCAGCCCGAAAAAUAUCAAAUAUUGUGCAUACGGAAGCACCACUAUUUCAUGCUAAAUAUACUCAUAUGUUAAUGCAAAUGGGACAAAUAAUUGAUCAUGAUUUUGCACAUUCGCCAGUUUCAAGAGGACCUGGAAAUACGAUUUUGGAUUGUAGUCGUUGUGAUUCAGCUAAAACUGUAUCCAUACAUUGUUUUCCGAUACCAAUCGAAAAUGGUGAUCCAUAUUUUCCACAUUUGCAUGAUAAUGGUGAACCAAGAUGUAUAGCAUUUACUAGGUCACUUCUCGGACAACUUACACUUGGAUAUCGAAAUCAGCUGGAUCAAUUAACUUCCUACAUUGAUGCUUCGUUUAUUUAUGGUUCAACGGAAUGUGAAGCAAAUAAGCUACGCUUGUUUAGCCAAGGACGAUUGAACUUUACAGAUCUUGGCUUCAAUCGAGAAGCCUUACCACAAGGACGUCAGGAAAGAGAUUGCAGAUCUCAACCACAACAUCCAUGUUUCAAUGCAGGUGAUGAACGUAAUAAUGAACAACCAGGCCUUACCGUUAUGCAUACGUUAUUUCUUAGAGAACAUAAUCGUAUUGCAACAAGCUUAAGUCGUAUCAAUAAUUUUUGGUCUGAUGAAAAGAUAUAUUUGGAAACACGACGUAUAAUGGGUGCUAAAGUACAACAUAUUAUCUAUAACGAAUGGUUACCAAUUGUAGUAGGUUGUGAAGCUGCUGCAAGAUAUGAUCUUGUGCCAAAAAAAACAGGCUAUUAUAAAGGAUAUGAUGAUAAAUGUGAUGCGACAAUGACGCAAGAAAUGGCAACAGCAGCAUUUCGUUUUGGUCAUUCACUAAUACGUAAUAUAUUCCCACGAAUGAAUGCCGAAUAUCAGGAAGAAACGGAUGGUCUCGAUUUAAAG